AUGGAAAAGGUCCCCAACGGCACCGGCCGCAGAGGCCACACGCAGCUCGAGCACGAGCUCGCCUCCCGCGGCGCCACGCUGUCCAACAACACCAUCCCCCCGUCCGAGUUCCUGGUGCGAUGCGCGCCGUCGGCCGGCCUCAUCGUCUCGUGCGGGUGCGUCAUCGUCGACCCGGCCGCGCGCAAGGUCGCCAUCGUCCACGACCCGGACACGGGCAUCACGCAGCUGCCCAAGGGCCGCAAGAACAUCGGCGAGGACAUCCACGCCGCCGCCCUCCGCGAGGCCCACGAGGAGACGGGCAUCCCCGUCGCGCCGCUGGCCCUCAGGGUCGCCACCAGGGCCACCCCGACAGAGGACAUGCUGCCCCUCGUCGCCAGGACCCCCGACGGCUUCCCAGAGGACGUCACCACCGCCGUGCGCAGCUGCGAGCCCGUCGCCGUCUGCCACCACAGGUGCCCGGGCACCUUGGCCUACAAGCUGGUCUUUUGGUACGUCGCGCGCGGGGACUCAAGCCUGCGGCCCGUCGACGGCACCAAGGAGGCCUGGGAGGAGCACUACCAGGUCGAGUGGGUGGGUGCCAGGGCCGCCGCGGGCAGGAUGAGCGUCGCCGCCGACGGCGAGGUGAUACAAAAGGCCAUCGAGGACAUGGUGGCUUCCGGCUAUGAUAUCUAA